AGAAGGUACCAAAACAGUGCAUAUGCUCGGGCGUGUACUUCAGCAUCCUGUUGCGAGUUCGAGAGUCUGAGAUACUGUAGACUGGCAUUGUCUGGAAUCGACGCCAGCCCAGAGAGAAGAUAAGGGGAUCAUUAGUCUUCAGGAUCUUCUUAUGCCAACGAUGGCGCUUAAUCCGGACCUGGACAAAGCCAAAUCGAUCUUCAGUAGGCGCCAAACCUCCAACAAUGAUCGGGAAUCGAGGAUUGAAACCCUCAGAAAACUCGCAGGGAACAUUCUCUAGUACAAUUCUAGCAUAUGUUCCAGCUCUGUAGCCCUCUGCUCGUGCUCUCGACAGUGCAUCAAGUGCGUCAAAUUCAGCACGGUUGAUGUCAGCUUGCUUCUGAAGAGCAGCCUUUUGUGCAUCAUACCAUUCAUCUUCGCCAAACUGCUCUUCAUUUGGAGCCUGCCCACCAGCUCUCGCCCCGUCUUUCGAAUUAGCGAAACCUUCUCGGUCCUCCUCUUCAAAACGAAGUUUCAAUUCUUCUUUUCGCCUGGCGUUACGUUCGCGUUCGGCAUUAAGGUCUUCGGGCUCGCUCUCUUCCUCGUCAUCUUUCUCUUCAUUGUCUUUGCCAUCGCCGCCGAAUACUUCGCCGGUUUCAAGAUCCGCAAAUGCUCCAUCUCCUUCGUCAUCAGAAUCUGUGUCUCCAAACCCGCCUUCUUCAUCAUCUUCUUCAUCUCCGGAUCCUUCCUUGCCAGACCUGUUUUUAGAAAACUUGACGCUCGCAAACCGUCGACGAAGCGCAUCUAGAUUAUCCUGAUCCUGCCAUUUUUUCUCCAGUUUGUCAUAGUCAUAAACGGGAAUCAUACGGUCAUCUAGAACUCCUUUUUCGGCAUUCGUCUUUUUGAAGAAGCCAUCGGCUUCAUCCUCGUCAUCCUUUUGGUCUUCUUCCAUGGCAUCUUCGCCACUCCAUCGACGAGCUACAUCUGCGGGGUUCACGGAGUCAUCGUAGAGCAUGCGAGUAAGCUCAGCUACCCGAUAAGGGGGCUUCUUGCUAAACAUCGCCUUAGCAUUGGCAGCCAAGUUUUCUUUCCAGCGCGUUUCUCCAUCUCGUCCUCAUCAUCUCGUAGUCACUAGGGGCACUUUCAAGUUCUGGCCCUUCAACUGAUGAUAUAGAGCCAAGAUCUGAAUCACUAUCAGCGAAUGCAAGGUCCUCCCCGUUUUUACUGCCGGAAGUUCCAUUCUGUUUUUCUCGGAAUUUAGCAGCAAAGUCGGCGCCGGACACUUCGUCAUCUGAUUCCUCUUCUAUAUCGCUUCCAUAUUGCUCCUCGUCUUCAUCUUCUUCCGCGCUCUCUAGCCCAUCAUCCUCGUCCUCUUCUAGAUCAUGCGCGUUAUCAUCUCCUUCAAUGAACCGGGCUUUUCUCUUUUCGUUUCUUCCGAGAUUCUCAGUUUCUUCUGGGUUGAUCGUGGCGGUAACGCCGCUGUCUCUAAACAGUUUGACUCCAGCGGCAGUAUCACCUAGCAGUUUUCUUUCACCCUGUAGACCAAUAAUCAUCUGCUCUCCCAGGCCCCUUUCUUCACCCUGUUCGUUGUCGUCAUCCCUGUUGAACGUAUUGGUUUUGACGUCGAUGUACACGGCAUCUUUAUCGACCAAAACACCACCGACAUCUGCCAUAGGAGCAAAGAGAAGUUUCUGUUUUUCGCCUAAUCGUUUUCUUCCGUUCUUUCCCGCUGCUUUUGCCAUUGCCUGGUCCAUAGCAGGCGUGGGACAUGGGUCAGGCAGAGCUUCAAUGGAAGAAACGCUAAGAUCCCCGACUCCCGGGACAUGUACCCUUGCACCGAUAGCCGGGAAGUUAGUACCUCGCAGGUAUCCGUAGAGAGCAACAGUCCUAUCACACUUUGGAUUUUCUUCCUUGAGAGUGGGAGGCGUUAUGUCCAAGAACCUGUCCGCUAAACAGUACGGAUGUGAGUUUCUCCAUAUAAGUGGUCGCGGGUUCUUCAUGACCGACAAAAAUCGCGAAAGAUUAUGGAUCUCUCGAUCUGGAUAGCGCCCAUUUAUGACCCCGGAAAGGUAGAAGAGCUUUGCGCCCUGGUAUAACUCGCUCCAGAACCUGUGUUUUAGCCUCUUCUUUGCCGUGCGAAGCGUGCUUUGUUUCUUGAAUAGAUCGAGAUGCGUAAGGAUACCAAAAACAUUUCCAGGCAUUCCACUUGCAGAUAAAGCAUUGAGAAAUUCCAUGGUUUCCAUCUCAAAUCCAUAGUUUCCGUCUAUCAUUAGCAACACAAUAUCGGCGAUCUUUGCGACGUCUAUCAUACUCGCUAGAGAAUCGGAGGGACAUUCUAAAAAGGUAAGCCUUCGCUUUUUCGACGUAACGACGGUCAGAGGGCCGGCGAUCGAGGUAAGGGAAUGUUUUGAGUAUCGUUUGAUCAACGACUUAAUGAGAGUAGUUUUCCCAACCUAUAUAUCAAAAGGUUCGUUAGCUGCGCCAUUCUGCACCCAUUCUCUUUGUAACGUUUCCAAUUGACGUACUCCCGG